ACAGUAACCCCUUUAGUGAAAUAAUUUAUCCGAUUUAACACAUUCAAAUUAUAUAUGUAUAGAUCCCUCCCCCUUUAAGAUAACGACAGAACCCAAAAGCUGUCAGUACCGUGUCUUCUGCAACCAAGUUUCAGCCAUGAGCAUGCUCAGGCUUCAGAAGAGGUUGGCGUCCAGCGUUUUGGGCUGUGGCAAGAAGAAGGUAUGGCUGGACCCAAAUGAGACCAAUGAGAUCGCAAACGCCAACUCUCGGCAGCAGAUUCGAAAGCUGGUGAAGGACGGUCUGAUCAUCAAGAAGCCAGUGACGGUUCACUCUCGUGCACGAUGCCGCAAGAAUACACUGGCACGCCGGAAGGGUCGUCACAUGGGCGUUGGUAAGAGAAAGGGUACAGCAAAUGCACGUAUGCCAGAAAAGCUGUGCUGGAUGAGACGCAUGCGUAUUCUGCGACGGCUUCUGAGACGUUACAGAGAAUCCAAGAAGAUCGACAGGCAUAUGUACCACAGUUUAUAUUUGAGGGCAAAGGGCAAUGUGUUCAAGAACAAACGUAUCUUGAUGGAGCACAUUCACAAACUCAAAGCAGACAAGGCCCGCAAGAAGCUUUUGGCUGAUCAAGCAGAGGCCCGUCGCUCAAAGACCCGGGAGGCAAGAAAGCGCCGUGAGGAAAGGCAGCAGGCAAAGAAAGAGGAAAUUAUUAAAACUCUUUCCAAAGAUGAAGAAUCCAAGAAAUAAGAUUUUCUUUUUGUGAGACAGUGAUAAAUGAUUGUAUAAUGUUUAAAAAAAUAAAUAUACAAUUUAUUACA